AUGUCAGGCAAGAAGACAACCCCCAUCUACUACCACGAUCCCACCAACCCCCCUUGGCAGGAUCCGGCCAAGUGCAAAGGCACCCUGAGCCACGGAGGCACCAAGGCCAACAACUGGGGAGGCGCCUCUGGGGGUAGUAGCGGCGGAGGCAGCAGCAGCAACAGCGGCGGCGGCAGCGGUGGUGGCAACAACAGCGGCGGAGGGACCAAGAAAUACCCCCUUGGCUAG